GCUUUGUUUCCGUGUACCAUCAUCGCCCAGGCGUUAUAAUAACCUCUCGGCCUUAUUCUCAUGACUGCAGUCGCCUUGUUGGCAGCAUAUUGUACAUACAAUGGGUUAUUCUCUUCAACGUUUUCUAUCUCGCGUGGACGAUAACCUUCUCUGCGGGAUAUGUGCUGCCGUUCUAAAGGACGCCGUGGUGACACCGUGUGGUCACAGCUUUUGUGAGCACUGCCUCGACACAUGGUUGAACCAAACAGAGCGGCGGACGUGUCCCGAGUGCCGCACGGGCAUGUUGCCGCACGAAGCCCGCCCAGUCAUCGCGCUGAGGAGCCUCAUCAGCGGUCUCAGCAUCGAAUGCGAGCACCGAGAGCGGGGAUGCAGGAUGGUGGUGAGGCUGGAGGACGAACAGCGACACCAAGCGGAAUGCGGGUACAGUCCAGUGCAGUGUAACACCUGUGGUGACACCUUGGACAGGUAUAGACUGGCCAACCACGAGCUUCAAUGUUCCAAAGAGAAGGAGGAAAAGAGCAAAGUCGACUUCCUCACGAGACGAAAGAAUAGCGCAAGUGGGAGAUUCGACCUAGCGCUUUCGGAACUGGCGUGCCGGGUAGCCACGUUGGAAGUGCAGCUGAAGCAGACAAGACAUGAACUUGAGAUGUCCCGCGCACGGAACCGCAGGCUUGAACGGGAACUGCAGAGGAGAAAGUCUGAACUUCAGGCACAGAAGUCAGAGAUGCGGGGAACAUCCUCGAGAUGUGACGCACAGCUGACGAGUUUUGAGUCGGCCUCGCAGCUGUCCCAGUUCAUCUCGCGUUACCUCCUGAUCAAACCACACUACGUCAACAGGGACCACGCCUUCAGGAGUAUCAGGGACUACUUCGACCACUUCAUCGCUGGAGGAGAGGGGCUGUACCACAACGAUGUGCACGCUCUUGUAGCCACGGCAUACGCAAGCAACUGGUUCUCUCCUUCCCAAAGACUUUGUAUACAGCAAUGGCUCAGAACCUUGUCCAGGCGAUCUCAGGAAAUAACGGGCCAUAGGACAAACAUGCCUGACAUACUACCUCUAGCUAGUUAACCCAUUACCACUUACGUCUUGAGUACGAUACGUUUCAACAAGUGCAUGAAUGAAUGGUAGUUUACUACGUGCUAUUGAGUGAAGUCUGUGAAUUGAAGCUGUUAAUUAUAUACUAGUAUUAAUCCUUUUGCAUGGUAUAUCAGGUGACUGUCAUAGGAUUAGAACCAAUAGGUUGAUAUCCAUUACAUCUCCAUCUACUUCCAUGUAAUUACAGGUGGAAUCAGCAAAGUUUUAGAAAGUCUUCGUUUGUGUGCACAGUAGGUAGUAUUAUCAGCACUGAAUUAGAAAAUAUGCUGAUCGAUGAAAAACUGUAACACUGAAGGUCAUGGAGAUAUGUUUCCCUCGCGCUUAUUCUCCCUGGACCAAGUGAGUGAAAGGUGCCUUGUACCUAUGAAUAAUUUGUUAACAUUGCUAGCUGAAAAGCAAAGCCUUACGACUUUAUUCCCUCUGGCUGUUUUGAUAUGUCAAUGCACACAAGCAUUUUAGACUAAACAUGGGAAAUACAUGGAUGUAGAUUCAUACCGAAUGGCCCAGUAAUAUCAUUGAAGUAAGAAUAUUCUGCUUUUUGUCAGUGAUGAUCAUGUUGUCCCAGUCGUGUGGUGGUGCUCUCUCUGUCUAUGCAAGUGAAAAUUAAAACCACUUUCUACACUGUGUACAAGAGCAUCCUUUUGGGUUACUUUUGUUUGUCUUCAUUUGUAGACCUGUAGAUGAACAAAAGGUACCAGAUUGAUGUAGGUGAAAAUAUGGCACCACAUGCAGAAACUAACAAGGACGGCAAUAAAAAUCAUCACCAUGGCAUGUCCAUGGCGACGAUUGAAUGUAAAUUAUUAAAUCUGAAUACUGUUUAGAAAAAUAUGAGUAAGGAGGUCUACAAGUGGGGUAUGGGGAAGAGUAAGGAGGUCUACAAGUGGGGUGUGGGGAAGAGUAAGGAGGUCUACAAGUGGGGUGUGGGGAAGAGUAGGGAGGUCUACAAGUGGGGUGUGGGGAAGAGUAGGGAGGUCUACGAGUGUCCUUUCUUGCUUUGACCAAAGAUCACACAGCCAAAGGCUACGACAAAACCCCAGGGAAUGCAUUCGUACAAUUUUUGAAACUCUUUCAAAGCGAUCUCAGUAGUUACACAAAUGCCUCCGCCCAUAAGGCAUCACCAAAAACAGGACUCAACAAUACAUUUCUUACACUAACACUUGUAUUGUUACUGGCAUAUAUAAUACAACAGAUUUGGCUCAGUAGUAAGCAGAGUAGGACACACACACACUACAUCAUGGUUUCUAGAUCACCAACAAUCAAAAAGUUUGGGGUCAGAAAAGCUUAUGCAGCAGCCUGAACUAUAUUUUCACAAACUCAUUUUCUGUCAAAAGUGUCUAUUAUUUAAACCCAUGGUGACAUAAAAUGUUUAUUUGGCUGUACAGGAGUAUUAGUUGAAGUUAACACAACAUACCUUUGCCUUGACACCAAAAGUGUAAGAUGAUAAGCAUCCUAUAGUUGGUCCAUUUCUCUCAACACAACCUGCAGAUUAAUGCAGCUAAUAUCUUUAACAUUUUGUCACAAACUUAAUUCUCUUUAAUCUCAGGAUGCUCACCUUCUAUUUCACAACUAACCAAAUGUCACAAAAAAUUGUUUCCAUUGCCACCUUUUGUCUUAAAAAUUGAACCACCAAUACUUCUCAGAAGGAAUGGCCCUGAAUAGAAAUGUUAUUUUGGCUAUGCAGAAAUCCUUAAUAUUAGCAGGAUGCUUACAAUCUAUACACAUUACUACCAUGCAAUUCAAACACAAUAGCCUUAUAACUUCUACAGUUAAAACAAUUGGACUACAUUGGCCAGAGCAUCAACUCUGACGCAAAUGUGUGUACCACUACACCACACCAACUGCACAGGGUAAAAUGUAUCUAUUAAAGAGAGAGAGAAAAAAAAAUUAUGUACAAUGUACUGACAAGUGCACAGCAAAGAGAGGUUGAGAUUGCUGUAAACUAAGCCAGUAUACCACGGUAUUACCACCCAACCCUGCCUCAUAUACGUAACAAGAAAAAAAAUAUGCCUAAUUUUUUGCACAUCUCCUUAACUACUUGUCAAAAAAACAUACAUUGCCUAGGUUGACUUGCAAGAACAUUAGUGAUACUUUCAUAGAUGUGGUAUUUUGACAAAUAAACAACAUACAAGGGAGGGUUGGGUAGCCAUUAGAACAUCACACGAUCCUGCAGAAGGGUCUAGGAACACAAGGCAUAUACAGAACAUUCACUAAUUAAACAUUAAAUUUUAAUAUGAAGAAAAUCAGGGCCACCAAAAUACAAUCAGUUAUCAAGUAAGUUCAAACUGAGGCAAACAGCUCGAAACCUUCAGCACAGAAAAAUUGUUGAACCAAGAUUAAUCUGCAACACUCAGGUGAACUAGCUUUACUCCAGAAUUCGUAAGUGUACUCACUGUUUACAACAAGAAAUCUAUACAUUCACUUUGUCUGUCAGCAUUCCGUAAUUUUCAGAAAAUCUUCAGAAUUACGAGUACUAGAAAUUGUAUUCCAUGCGACCCUGUGGUCUUAACUGUUUGUUUGGCAAACACAAUGAAUUAAAACAGUAUUUAUUUCUGUCCACUAAAAUAAGACUACAUGUGCACUAGCUUGCCAGUUAGGCACACAACACACUUUUAUGCACAGUUUAUGUCUAUUACUCAACUGAGCAAAAGUAUUUGUAGCUUUGCUAUGAAGGCUGAGAAGAUAAAACCUGUCAUUUUUUACAUUAUAUGGGGAGUGAUGACUUCACCAUGGAAUACUUGAAUGAUCUUUAAGCUCCACAAGACUGCAUGGUUAUCAUAGCUUUCAGUUCAUGUAUAUAAAGUGCUUUAGAUACUGCACAUUUUACAUAACUUAUUAACUACACAUUAGCUUCCACCACUAUAAGGUUGUCUGCACAAGACAAUAUUUUUACAUGAAUGUGUAUUAUAAGAUAUAAGAUGUAUGAAAGACACAAAGUUGUUUCUUGCCAGUAACAACUGCUGAAUCAACAGGAACUGGUGGUUAAUAUAUUUGAUUUUCUGAUU